ACAGCAGCUCGCGCAGUAACAGAAACAAACUGACCUUCCUCGCGGCCUCGUCGCUCGUCCUGGAGCCAGACGAGGGGACCUUGAAUGAUUUUCAGCGGCCGCGUUUGAUUUGAUUUUUUGGCGUUUUUCUUACACACACGCAGCCAUGCCCACGCUGGAAGUCCCUUCGCUGCAGGAGCUGAGCGUGGACGAGAUCAAUGUGUCCUCCGCAGUGCUGAAGGCUGCUGCCCACCAUUAUGGCUCCCAGUGUGACAAACCCAAUAAAGAGUUCAUGCUCUGCCGCUGGGAGGAGAAGGACCCCAGGAAGUGUCUAGAAGAAGGGAGGAAAGUCAACGAGUGUGCACUAAACUUCUUCAGGCAAAUCAAGGGAAACUGUGCCGAGUCCUUCACAGAGUACUGGACCUGUCUGGAUUAUUCCAACUUGGCAGAACUGCGCCAUUGCCGUAAGCAACAGCAAGCCUUCGACAGCUGCGUCCUUGAUAAGUUGGGAUGGGAGAGACCUGAGCUGGGAGACCUGUCUAAGGUGACCAAAGUGUCGACCGCGCGACCCCUCCCUGAGAACCCCUACCAUUCUAGACCACGUCCUGAGCCCAACCCAGUCAUCGAGGGCAAACUGGAACCUUCCAAACACGGCAGCAAGCUAUUCUUCUGGAACUGGUGAGGCAACUCCAGAACGUCAGUCACCCUCCAAAGCCAUGCACUCUGUCCAAAAACAGCUCGACCACUUGAUACUUUAAAAGGUUUAAAUCUCAGGUGCAGACACAAGCAUUAAAGAUGCUGGUUUUGGCACCUUUGUCUCUGAAUGGUCUGAGGGUUGUUUUUGGACAGAGCUCAUGUCCUAACAGUGUCUUCAUCAGCGGUACCUCCAACAUCAUCAACGUUCAAGAAAGGAAGGGUUGAUCAUUGUGUGAACAAAGUUCAGCUUUCCUGACCACUUCUGUAAAUGUAAUGACAUGCUGUUAUUGUUGUCAAAUAAUAAAGAGAUAAAUUAUAA